CACGCGUGUGAGCCAAACAGAUGCUUGCGUUCACAUCGGUCUUUGAUACUCACCGCCCAUUCCGCCCUCGCGACUCCCACAAGACGCAAAAGCAGUGUCUCGCUGAGACCAUAAUAUUGUCUGUCUUGUACGCGACACCUUACCUUGACUUUCACAGGCUUUGAAACAUUUUCCAAGGCGCAGAACCGGAACGCGUGGGAAGGAUGAUACCCAGCUUGUAUCUUGUUGUCAUGGUGAUGGUGCUGAUGACAUCAGCUGACCUCGCGACCCCCACAGUGAAGAGGAACGUGUUGCUGAUAUUUGGUGACGACGCCGGGUUCCAGAUGGGCGCGUACAACAACACGGACAUCCUGACACCCAACUGGGACGCGCUGGCGGCCAGAAGCGUUGUCUUCAGACAUGGAUUCACUUCCGUCAGCAGUUGCUCCCCCAGCAGAUCCGUGUUGCUGACCGGACAGCCGCAACAUCAGAACGGUCAGUAUGGACUGGCCCAGGUACCCCACCACUUCAGCUCCUUCGACGAUGUUCAGAGCCUUCCCGUCAUCCUCUCACAAAAUGGCGUUCGGACAGGUAUUGUCGGCAAGAAGCACGUCAAGCCGGACAGUGUCUACAAGUUCGAGUUCGACGCCUCGGACGAGGUGUACGACCUGCAGCAGAUCGGGCGCAACAUCACCUUCAUGAAGGAAAAGGUGCAGGCCUUCCUCUCGGCCAACGACAGCAGACCCUUCUUCUUGUACGUCGCCUUCCACGAUCCCCACCGUAACCCUGACCUUGCCGGCACCUUUGGUCAGUUUAUGGAGCGGUGGGGAGACGGACAGACAGGACAUGGACUCAUCCCUGACUGGACCCCCGUGCAGUACGACCCUGAAAAAGUCAAAGUUCCGUAUUUCCUUCCGGACACGAAUGUUACAAGACAGGAGCUGGCGAAUAUGUAUACAACGUACAGCCGGAUGGAUCAGGGUAUCGGACUGUUCAUGAAGGAACUAGAGUCUGCUGGCUAUCUGAACAACACCCUGGUGCUGUACACCUCAGACAACGGAAUCCCUUACCCCAACGCCAAGACUAACCUUUACGAGUCUGGUAUGGGGGAACCCAUGAUGAUCUCCAACCCCUUUCAACAGCAGCACUGGGGAGAGUACACUGACGCCUUGGCUUCAACGAUGGAUUUCACGCCAACCAUCUUGGACUGGUUCGGGGUUAACGCCUCUACGAUCAAGGCCAAACUGUCUGGCAAGUCAUUGCUGCCGCUGACUGAAGAACCAGACAACAUCACCAACUACCAAACAGUGUUUUCUAGCCACAAUUUCCACGAAGUGACCAUGUACUACCCCAUGCGCGUGAUCCGAACUCCCCGCUACCGCCUGAUCCACAACAUCAACCACCGUGCUCCCUUCGGACUGGCUACCGACCUCUACCAGGCGCCCACCUUCCAGCAGAUCCUUAACGAUACACAGGAAGGCCACCCCAGCGGAUGGUUCAAAUCUCUCAACUCCUACUACUAUAGAGACCAGUACGAGCUGUUCGACCUUCAGAACGACCCCGAGGAGUUGCAGAACGUGGCCGACGACCCAUCCUACCAGCAGGUGCUUCAGGAGCUCAGCACCCAAUUGCUGACGUGGCAGAAGGCCACGAGCGACACCUGGCGGUGUAUGCCCUCCGCCAUCUUGGAAGGCAUGACCUGUGAUGCCGCCUACAAUGGAGAGUGAGAGCCGCUACACAUCCGCCAGUCAAAAGGAAGAUGGACGCUUGAUGGCUGAUACAUGUUGGGCGGCUAUCAUCCUAACGACGCUUAAAGUUUGCCUUUUAUGUGCGGGAGAUAACUUAAAGUCGAUACAUAACAAUAUGACUAGAAAAAACUAGCUAGAGGUUUGUAAUAAAAUGAAUUCCACGCACCGAAUAUAUUUCCAAAGAAUUCAUCAACAACAAAAAAAAAUUAACGAAAUCGACUGUUUAAAAGUUAUUUUAAUGACGAUUCCACAUAUUUCAUACAAACAAUUUUGGUCAA